AAGUAAGAAACUCUGAUUUUCGAACGCAUUAGUCAACUGUGCUCACUUGUGGCCAGAUUCGUGCCAAACAACCUGUUGACUCGACUUUAUUUUAUAAUGGCGACCCUGGAUUCGAGCAAACUGCCGAUAGUGAAGAGAGGGUUGCAUGUUCCACCCCUAGAAGAAAUAAGAGACAUCCUGAGGGAAGCCUUGCCUGCAAACUUUGCCGAAGUAACAAUAGAUGUAGUUGAUUGUCCGGACCUCACUCAACGGCCAUUCUCUUUGGCUGAAUCAGGUCUUGGCGGUGGUACAAAACUUAUUGAAAUCGGUGGCAUUUCAUACUUGUUCCCUCAUGUCAACAGAGAAAAGGUGUAUGAUAUAAAAUCCAUAAUUCAGAACAUAGAUCACAGUGGCAAAGCGUUCAUCAUUGGUGCUGGAGUUGGGCCAUGGCCACUUGUUAACUCAAAUUGCGAGUUGAUGAUGAACAUGUCAAUUUCUCCGGCAGAGAAUUCUACUAAGAAUGCUACUCACAUUUGUAUGGUUGACAAAGGUGAUGGAAAAUGUGUUGACCAGACCUUAUCUUCUAGUGAAACACGUUUCUCUAUAUCAGCCAAUCUGUUUCUAAGUGAGGGCAAACCUGGCAAAGUCAUAAAGGUUCAUGCCAAAAAACGAACGGGUAGUAACGAUUUUAUUGCUAGCAUUCGCGCAGCCCUAGCAGCUCGUUACACCGAACAAGUUGUUUGUUUGGGUGGAGCCUUUCUUCUAAAAGAAGGUAAAGCCACACUCCACAUUAUGUCGGAUUUUACUGACAAGGAGAAACCACUAAUAAGUUAUGAUGACUUGAAGGGAUGGCUCCGCUUCUACGAAAUGUCUGCACCCCUGGUAGCUCUUGGUACACUGGCCACUGCAAGAACAGAUUUGGAUCUACUAGUUGAACAUUUCCAUACCUUCUCUGAUCAUGGCGAAGGAGGGCAUUUCCACGUUGACACGACUCCAGAUACUGCUGAGUAUUUGGGCUACUUCAACGUUAUUGAGACAAUUUGCAGAGUAGAUCAACCUGCCGAGCCUUUCAACUUUAAGGGGGAAUUUAAUUUAGUUUAAUUU